CUUUACAGUUGGGUGGAGUCCUGCUGCUCACCUGCUGUUUCAGGAAAUGACGCUUUGAUGCAAACACUCACCGGGAGCUCGUCGUCGGACUCUGGACCUCAGGAACAACAACAACAUGAGCGCUUCCUGGAGAUCACAGCCCAACCUCCUCCUCGUCUGUUUAUUACUGUCUGCAACCGGAGCUGUGUCAGGACAGUUCCAGCUGGAGCCGCUGAAUGCCACAGUGCUCCACGGUUCUGCUGUGCGAUUCAACGCCACCGUGCAAGGAGCAUGGAAGGGCAUGACCUGGACUGUGGGAGGCCAUCUGGUAACCACUGUCAUCGGUGACAUCAUCUCCUCCUCAGAGCAGUUCUCUGCCAGAUUCUGCUCCAGCGGUGACCCCAGCUGUGUGGAGUUCACCAUCGAGAACGUGACCCGCAGGGAGGGGGGGGCCGUCACCUGCUCUGUGCAGGGGAACUACGGCUCAAAGACGGCACAGCUCUACGUACAAGAGAGUGGUACCGUGAACAUCAUGGGAGGAAAUGUGACGGUGACGCAGGACGAGCAGGUGGAGUUCCAGUGUGUAUCGUCCAAAUGGUUCCCCAUACCUACUGUCAGCUGGACCUGGAACUCUGAGGCUGUGAACAGCAGCCUGUACAACACCACCAGCAUGGCUGACGGGGAUUUCUUCAACUGCACCAGUGUCCUGAAGUUCCAGGCAGUCAGAGACACCCAGAUAGAGUGCUGGGCGACUGUGGAGACACUAGCCAGCCCACAAUCCAGCUCCGUCUACUUGGUGGUUGUUCCAAAGCCUACGGACUGGACCGUGCUGAUAGCUGUGGUCGUGUCCAUUGGAUCUUUUGCUCUGCUGGUUUUGCUCAUCAUUGGAAUCAUCUUCUGCUACAAAAGGAGGAAAGAAAAAAAAACCAAAUACGAAGAUGAAAUGAGCAGAAGAGUGAGGACUCAGAGCCAGAUCAGUACUGUCCAUGGAGCGGGACAGAAUCAGGGCCAGGAGAACACAGGAUAUGUGUCGGAGGGUCAAACAAGUGUCGCUCCCACUGAACUCACUGACAGCGGCUUUUUCCCGGCAAAUGGCUCCACUUUUUCUGAAAUGCCUGAUGUUGUGAACAGUACCCACACAGGAAAUGCUUACAUCACUGUGGAGAAACCCGCCUUCAGGAAGCACAGACAUGUCACCAUUGUGUGAGGACAAGAAGACGACGAGGAGGGCAGCAAAUGUUAAAGGUCUCCUAUCAUGCAAAAUGCACUGUCAGAAAUAAAACCCUCUCUCUUUUCCUCCGUGCGCAAAUCUCUAAAAACGGGGGUUCAAAGGAGCUGAUCCAGAUUUGCUGCCGAUAUGACGUAAUAUCGGAAAUGUGGACUGGCUUUAC